AAAAAAUCAAAUCAAACUUUGAUCUUCCAAUGCAUCUCUUCUCCUUACAACAAAAUUAUACUAUCUUAGCUGGAGCUUUAGCCAUAAUUUUCACCCUUUUCAUCUUAUCAUCACUAGUUCCUAAAACCGGUCAAUACAGAGCUCCACCUAAAGCCGGUGGUGCAUGGCCAGUAGUAGGGCACAUCAACAUUUUUACAGGCUCCUCCGGUCCCCACAGAGCCUUGGCAGCCAUAGCUGCUAAAUAUGGCCCGAUCUUUACAAUCCGGCUCGGCAUACAUAAAGUAUUGGUAGUUCAUAGUUGGCAGAUUGCGAAGGAGAUUUUCACCACUCAUGACACAAUAAUCUCCACUCGUCCCAAAUACUUAGCCUCAAAAAUCUUUGGGUAUAACUAUGCGAUGUUUGGAGUCGCUCCUUAUGGUCCAUAUUGGCGUGAAAUGCGUAGGAUCAUCUCCUUUGAGCUGUUAUCUAGCAGUCGCCUUAACCAGCUUAAGGAUGUUCGAGUCUCUGAACUAGAGAGCUGUAUCAAAAACUUGUACAAUCAUUGGAGGGAAAAGAAAGAUGAUCAGGGAAAAGUAUUAGUAGAUUUGAAGAAAUGGUUUGGGGAAUUCAAUAUGAACGUUGUUCUUAGACUUGUAGUUGGAAAACGAUUUAGUGGAGCUACAGAUGAACAAGAAGAGAAAGAGAUGAGUAGAAGUCGUGAGGUGAUGAGGAAGUUUUUUUAUUUCAUGGGCCUUUUUGUGGUAGGGGAUACGCUUCCUUUUCUAGGCUGGUUGGAUUUGGGUGGUCAUGAGAAGGCUAUGAAAAAAGUCGCAUAUGAAAUUGAUGUUAUGGCGGAGAAAUGGCUAGAUGAACAUCGUAGAAAGAGGGAUUCUGGAGAAGCUUUUGAGGAGAAAGACUUCAUGGAUGUGAUGAUAUCGACAGUAGAAAAGGGUGGCUUCGAGAAUUAUGAUGCUGAUACUAUUAUUAAGUCUACAUGUAUGGUUCUAAUUGCGAGUAGUGCAGAUACAACCACUGUGAUGCUUACAUGGAUGAUGUCGCUGCUAUUGAAUAACCCCCAAUCUCUCCGGAAAGCACAAGAAGAAAUAGACAAGAUCGUUGGAAAGGAUAGAGAAAUAAAUGAAUCAGACAUCACCAAUCUGGUCUACUUACAAGCAAUUGUAAAAGAAACACUGCGACUGUAUCCAGCAGGACGUCUUGGAGGCAUGAGAGAAUUUACAGAAGAUUGCAUGGUAGCAGGCUACCAUGUCCCAAAAGGCACAUGGUUAAUGGUCAACCUGUGGAAACUCCAACAGGAUCCAGAAAUAUGGUCAAACCCAUCGGGGUUUAGGCCCGAGAGAUUCCUGGAGGGGAAUCAUAAGCAUGUUGAUGUUAAGGGGACAAAUUUUGAGUUGAUCCCAUUCGGUGCUGGAAGGAGGUCUUGUCCUGGAACAGCUUUGGCACUUCAAAUAUUACAUCUGGUUGUUGGUACUUUGCUACAAAAUUUUGAUAUUAGUACACCAGAUGAUGGGCCAAUAGACAUGGCAGAGACAGCUGGGUUAACAAGUGCGAAGGCAUCUCCUCUUGAAGUUCUAAUUUCCCCACGGAUUUCAUGUACUACUAUUUAAGUGGUUGGUUGUUCUAGCUCUGGGGUAUACUAUUCAAUGCAUGUUGUAUGUGAU